AAUCAUACACUUAAUACUUAUUUCAUACUCUGCGUAAUUACUAGGAGAAUAAAUAGUAUGGUGAAUACCUAUAUGUGAAAGCAAGUGUAUGCCUUUUUCUAAACAUUAAAUUUAAUAAGUAGUUUUUUUUUUUUACUUACUGUAAUGUGCUACUGAAUUUAAUGGUUGGUUAAAAUCAGUGAAAUUUAAUUUUUGUUACAAUAACAAGUAGUUAAAAUAAAUGGUUUGCUUUCAGACAUCAAAGAAAAGAAAAACCAAAACAGCAGCUAAAGCAGUCCUUGUAAGAAUACCAAAUGAAGCUGAAGGAAAUUCCUUUGCAGAUGUGAACCCAAAUACAUUUACCAAGUGAUCUAAGAAGGAUGGCCCAGACCUUGCCUGCGAUGGCUGCUUCCGAGUUGGCGGCCCAGGGAGAAGAGCCCGAUAACCGGGCCGUGGACGACGCCAUCCCACGGUUUUCUGUGUUGGGGUGGAAACCCGUCGUCUUCGUCCGGGAGGGCGCCGCCUGGGUUGCUGCUCACUGCGGGAAGCGGCCGACGCAGAGGCGGAGGGAUGCUGAGCGCGGGAUUGCGCACAGGCUGCGAAGCCGAAACGCCAAUCCCGCUCCCCCAGCCGAGACCAGCAGCUCCACAGCCCGCGAAGAGGUGGAGUCUUGCGCAGCUGAGGCCGUCGAGGCGUGUCGGCCCCCAAGCCAGGGGGUUGACCCAGUCCAAAUCUACUUGGACUGUGAACUCCGGCUACAGCUCGCCCGGCUGGAGGACCACCGUGUCCUCACCACCGCCCUUUCUUUGGUGGUGAGAGACACCGUCCCGGGGGGGACGAACAUCUGCUUCCCCCAGCCUGCACUUGUGCAGCGGAUGACGUUGGCAGCCGCCUGCUUGCCAACUGACGCUGUACGUCUUCGAGCCCUGGUCGAGACGGCAACUGAAAGAAGAGGCCUCUCGACCAACUGGGACGAGGUUGCCAGGGACCUUGCCCUGGCACACGGAAGACGAGUGCGGGACUGGUCGAAACCGUACAACGAGGGAUGCCGAGUUGUACGGUACUAGCGACCCGGGACCCGAGAUCUACCAGCCGCCAUCUUCAUUCGUGGCGCUGUCCCGUCACCAGAUGCAGUGGCGGGGGAGGGGGGGGCCCCUAGGCCCCCCCUGCUCGGUGUGCGCCUUCCCUCCGCCUGCCGGGCCAUCCUGGUGGGUAUGCCAACAGCCACCCCGACGACGACAUCUGCACCGGCCCCGGAACGCGACAACGGAGAGAGGAAGAGUUCCUGAUGACGCUGGGCGCUGUUGAAGACCGUCAGGUGAGGGGCGGUCGGCUGGGCCGUGGGAUCGCAUGUGAAACGACAGGCGACUCCGCGGCUUGGUCGGCUGCCCUGCAUCGGAUGGAGCAGCAGCGCCGAUGGCACCAACACCAGCAACCAGAUUGUGAGGGCAAGUCGGGUAGUACGGCGAUGAGGGGGAGUUGGUGCGGUGCCCGAGGGGGAGAUUCGUCUCUCGGUCGGGCAUCGCACUAUCUCUCCUGGAAGCUGGAACCCUGGCCCCCAGGUGCGAAGUCUUCAUGGGGAAGAUGUAGUGGUCGGACGCCGGAGAAGUGCUGGGGGACGGGGGUGGGUGGCCUUUCGACAAGUUGAGCGCACCUUAAUUACCUUAAUUAUGAGAAAACUACUUCUAUAACCUUCUCCAGAAAACAUCAUAUCAUUGCUUCUGAUUAUAAACUUGGUAAUCAUGUUAUCUUUAAGUCAGUUUGUUAGAGAUUUAGGUAUCUUACUUGAUAAUAACUUGUACUUUCAUAACCAUAUUGAAUCUCUUAGAUCGCAAUGUAAUAGAUUGUUAGCGUUGAUUAAAUAUAUUACUUUCAAUGCCACUAAUUUAGAUUCUAUUGUUAAUUUAUAUUUAGCUUUAGUAAGAUCCAAGAUUGAGUAUGCCUCCGUGGUCUGGAACAAUAUCACAAAAACAGAUAGUGACAAACUAGAUAAAUUACAAAAUAAAUUAAUCCAUAUCAUUAAUCAAAAGACCAACAUUACCAUCAAUUCUAAUAGUCUAUCCUCUCUCAGAUCUUUAACUCUAAGAAGAGAGCUAUUAGAUGCCCUUUUUAUCCAUAACUGUUAUACUAAUAAAACAAAAUGCAAUUAUAUUCUAGAUAAUACUGGGAUUAAAGUACCCACCUAUAACAGUCGACAGACACCUUUAUUAUGCUCCUUAGGCAAAUCAAAUGAUAUAUUAUACAGAAUUAUAUCAAAUUUUAAUAAACAUGGUUGCUAUGUCUCUCUAUCAAAAAAUAAUUUAAAUAUAAAACAAUUUUUCUUAUCUUAAUUUAAAUUGAAUAUAUUUAAGGUUAAUGAUGAUACCAUAUUUAAUUUUUUUUUAUAAUCAGGUUCUGGAUUAUCAUUUCUGUUGUUAUAGAAUUAUGAAACUUGUUCUU